AUGCUCGGAUUUGUCUUCCGCUUUUCAAAAGGCUUAAGCGACACGGCCUUAAAGACUUUGUACUGCACUUUGGUACGCCAAAUCCUUGAAUAUGGCUCUCCAGUAUGGAACCCCCACCAGAAGUUUCUCAUAGAGGAACUAGAGUCUAUCCAAAGAAGAUUUCUCCGAAUGGUGGGUGUCAGGAACGGUCUUCCCUAUCGUCAGGUUCCCAUCGAGGAAGUAUCUCGUGAUCUGGGACUCCAAUCUCUUGCUGAUCGCAGAUUCACGGCUGACGUUGUACUGCUGUCAAAGAUCCUUAACGGCAUGAUCGACUGUCCCGAUAUGCUGAGCCAGAUCCUGUUCAGGACCCCUUCAGCCACUCGUUCCAGAGACCUGUUCGCUAGGCAGCAACAUCGUACCAACUAUGCAGCAAACGACACGAUGUACCGACUUCAGAGAUCUGGUAAUAGCGUCGCCGACGUCGUUGACUUUUUCUCGGACAGUAUACCAGUGCUCAAGAGGAGGAUCGCCAGUCUGCAUGAGUUGUCUGUCUAG